AUGCGUCGCACACGGUCUAGUGCGCCAACCGAGGCCUCUGCGCCACCGCAGCGCCUCCGUUCACUCCGUUCUUCAAACCGUAACCCGCCUUUAUCUCCUCCCCCCGUCGCGUCACUGCGUCGCUCGUCACGUCGGACUCCUCCAGCAGUUCGGACGUCUUCUAUCAAGGUGACACGAAGAGCUUCAGGAAAAGAGAAAGAUGCAACAAUUGAGCAUCGUAACGAGAGCGAAAGUGAAGAAGAAGAAGAAGAAGAAGAAGAAGAAGCUCUAAAUGCAGGCCUCACUGAGUACGAACGCAAACGUCGCGAGAACAUCCAACGCAACUUAGCCUUCAUGCAGCAAAUGGGCGUUUCGACUGCCAAAAUUCAGGCCAGGACGCUGGUCGGACACGAUGCUGCAAAGGAGGCGAAAGGGCAACAAUUAGCCGUCAAGAGAGCCGCACAGGCUGCCAAAAGAGCGGAGCGGUUGACCCAACCGGUCCGUAAAUCGAGACGCCUUGAAGGCAAGAAAGUGGAAGUGGAAGCUAUUGAGUAUAUUGACCAAUACGAGAUGGACAAGAUGCGUGCUCCUCGUCUUCCUAGAGGCAGUAGUCUCCGUGUGAUGGACGCAGUAGAUGGAGAGAGCAAAGCGUUUCUUGGAGGCAUCACAGCGGACCUGGAAGAAGAAGAAUUAGAAGAAGAAGAAGAGACCGUCUUGGAAGACGACGAUGGAGUGGACUACACACUGGCAGAUGAGGAUAUCACCAAGGCUGUACAGGAACGGAUUUACUCCGUUGCCUUCUUGCCUCGUGCCGACCGAGUCGUCGUCGCCUGUGGAGAUAAAAUGGGUCAUGUGGCGCUGUGGACGCCUCCAGGCAUGAAACACGAGAGCUCGACGUCGCCACUGGCUGUGUACAGACCGCACUACACGCCUGUGACCCAACUGAUCUUCCCAGACUCGUCCAAAUUAGUGUCGAGCAGUUUUGACGGGACUGUGCGAGAGUUUGACCUUCGAGCUGCCGAGUCGUCGGUGGUCUACGAUACAAACGACGACGCUGGCAUCUCGUGUUUGGUGGCUGCAGCCGCAGCUCAGUGCUACUACGCAAGCUGCGACGACGGAACCGUUCGACUCAUUGAUCGACGUGCGCGGAAAGUGCAGAGCUCGAGUUUCCAAGUGCACGCGAAGAAGAUCAACACUGUGAGCCAACAUCCGACUCUCGACUUGUACCUGCCUCGCAACGGCGUCGUUGGACCGUACCGUGUGUCUAUGGGAUGCGCGUAA